UUGUUUGCUUUUCCCUAACCUUCCCCCACCACAUGAUGAGAUAAUAAUGUAGCCAACCUCCGUGACAAACACUCCCCCCCAAGCCCAUAACAAACAAACCCACAUAGAGAGAGAGAGAGAGAGAGAGAGAGAGAGAGCAAAGAGCAAAGCCAUCUCCUUUUAUAUUAACCCGAUCAUUGAUUCCAGUUGGGUUUGCUGGAAAACCAAUUGGGUUUCAACAAAUUUCUGCUUUUUCUAUAAAAAGGGUGAUAUUGAUGUGUUUUCCGGCUCUGCAUAGAAGGAGAGGAGAAGAAAGAAUCAAGAACGGACAAAUGCAGUAAGAGAAUCGAUUUUUCUCUUCCUCUAUUGGAUUACCAACUCUUACCAAGGCUGCUCAAACUACCAACUAUGUUCCAUCCCCCAUUUUUGUUUCUCUGUCAGGAUUCCUCUUGAGUGUGCUUUGUCAAUGGCAGGAGGUGUAGUUUUUUUGUGAAUUUUCUUUUUAAUGAGAGAGAGAGAGAGAGAGAGAGAGAGAGAGACUGAGGAGUUUACAAGAAAUCUCAAGGGAAGCUUGAAAUGCUUUGUACUCUCGUAUCUGAUCAAAGAUUUUCGUCUGGGCUGGCUGAAUGAUCCAGUUGAUUUAUGAAAUCUUUUGCUUCUUGUUCAGAUUUUCUUCUGGGUUUCUAAAACGAUAGGUUUCGAUGAGCCUUUUGCCAAUUUCUGGGGUUGUACUCAAACUUCCAAGGGUUUUCGUGAAAAUAUGUCGGUGGGUUUCCACUAGAUGGCUUUGAAUUGCAAGCUUUCUGGAUUUAAAGUCAGAUUGCCAUCAGACAAUGCAAAACCGAAGAAGGUGAGAGGCUUUACUGGUGGUUGGAAGUGGUGGAUGAAGCUGCUUCUAUUUUUCUUAGUUUUGGGUAUUAUUAUCGUGUCUUUAUGGGUUUUGUCUGAAAAGAGAGAUGAUGCCGGCUCAAGGAAAGAGGAAAUUUCAAGCUUGUGGGAAGAACAAGCUCGAAUAUUGAAAGAGAAAUUCAAUGUCAGCAAGAAUCAGCUUCAAGCUUUGGCUUCUUUAUUCUCCAAGUCUGAUCAGGACAUCUUGCAAAUGAAGGUGCAUCACUGGAAGUGUGAAGAAAAUUGCAGCAGACUGAUUAUCUGUUUGAUCAAGAUAUGUUGGUGGGUUAUGGUUGGAAUAAUUGCAGGUUGUAGGAUCUCUGAUUUUUGUGGAAGAUUCUGGAGUCCAAUGCAGAAGGAGGUUCAGCUGCAGCCACAGGUUAACCUGUAUCAGUGGCAGAAGCAGCAACCACACUCCCAGGGCUCUUCCAAGGUUAGUGCAAUGUGGAUGAGAAAGCUCCUAUAUAUGUUGGUCUUGGGUGGGAUUGCCUUAUCGAUCUGGUUACUUUGGUCCAUGAGCAAGAAUGUUGUUUUAAGGAGGAGAGAGACACUUGCCAACAUGUGUGAUGAGCGAGCUCGCAUGUUGCAAGAUCAGUUCAAUGUGAGCAUGAACCAUGUCCAUGCCUUGGCCAUUCUUGUUUCGACUUUUCAUCAUGGGAAAAAACCUUCUGCUAUUGACCAGAAAACAUUUGCCGAAUAUGCAGAGAGAACAGCUUUUGAAAGGCCACUCACUAGUGGUGUUGCCUAUGCUUUGAAAGUACUGCAUUCAGAAAGGGAGCAGUUUGAGAAGCAACAUGGAUGGACGAUAAAGAAAAUGGAGAUAGUGGAUCAGUCACCAGUUGAAGAUUACAUCCCUGCGAAGCUGGACCCAUCUCCCAUUCAAGAUGAAUAUGCACCAGUUAUUUUCUCCCAAGAAACAGUCUCCCAUAUCAUUUCUAUAGAUAUGAUGUCUGGGAAGGAAGACCGUGAUAACAUACUGCGAGCUAGGGCCUCUGGAAAAGGAGUUUUGACUUCUCCCUUCAAGCUGCUGAAAUCCAAUCACCUUGGUGUGGUUCUCACAUUUGCCGUGUAUAACACUGACCUCCCCCCAGCUGCUACACCUAGGCAACGUAUUGAAGCAACUGAGGGGUAUUUGGGUGCGUCUUAUGAUGUCCCAUCAUUAGUGGAAAAGCUGCUCCACCAGCUUGCCAGCAAACAAACAAUUGUUGUCAAUGUAUAUGAUACAACUAAUGUUACUGCUCCCAUAAAAAUGUAUGGUCCUACCGUGGCCAAUGUAGGGAUGGUGCAUAUUAGCAAUGUUGAUUUUGGAGAUCCAUUACGGAGACAUGAGAUGCAUUGCAGAUUCAAGGAGAAACCUCCACUACCUUGGAUGGCAAUAACAUCAUCAGUUGGAGCACUAGUUAUCACAUUGCUAGUGGGCUAUAUCUUUUAUGCAGCAAUAAACCGAAUUGAAAAAGUGGAGGAUGAUUAUAAUGAGAUGAUGAAGCUCAAAGUUCAAGCUGAAGCUGCUGAUGUUGCAAAAUCCCAGUUCCUAGCAACCGUUUCCCAUGAGAUCAGGACUCCAAUGAAUGGUGUAUUGGGUAUGCUGCAGAUGUUGAUGGACACCGAACUUGAUGAAACUCAACAGGAUUAUGCACUGACUGCUCAUGCCAGUGGGAAAGAUCUAAUAUCUCUAAUUAAUGAGGUCCUUGACCAGGCUAAGAUAGAAUCGGGCAGGCUUGAGCUUGAGGCUGUCUCAUUUGAUCUACAUGCUGUACUUGAUAAUGUGUUGUCACUUUCCUGUGGCAAAGCACAUAAAAAAGGCAUUGAGUUUGCUGUUUAUAUCUCUGGUCGGGUACCUGAAAUAGUCAUGGGGGAUCCUGGACGCUUCCGGCAGAUAAUCACAAAUCUAGUUGGAAACUCAAUUAAGUUCACAGAGCGAGGGCAUAUACUUGUCACAGUCCAUCUAACUGAUGAACUGAGGGAGGACCGGCCAGAAGAUAUGGAUGAGGUGCUGAAAGAACACAAGGAGAUAGUUCAGAAUGGAAAAGACACAUCUUAUAAUACAUUGAGUGGGUAUCCAGUGGUGGACAGGUGGAAGAGCUGGGAGAAUUUCAGAUCACUAAACGGGACAGAAGCUAGCGAUAUCAUGAGGUUACUGGUCACAGUUGAGGAUACAGGUGUGGGAAUACCUUACGAUGCACAGAGUCGCAUCUUCCAGCCUUUUAUGCAGGCCGACAGUUCCACUUCUCGUACAUAUGGUGGGACUGGUAUUGGCUUGAGCAUUAGCAAGUGUUUGGUAGAGCUCAUGCAUGGUGAGAUUGGAGUAGUGAGUGAACCUGGGAUUGGCAGUACCUUCACAUUUACGGCAGCUUUGGCAAAAGGACAAUUGAAUGCUCUUGAUAUGAAGUGGUAUCAGUUCAAGUCUACAGUCACAGAGUUCCAGGGAUUGCGAGCAUUGGUGGUUGAUGGGAGGAGUAUCCGUGCCAAAAUUACAAGUUACCAUCUCCAAAGACUAGGAAUAUCAGUGGAGACUACCUUCAGUCUGAAAACGGCGUUUUCUUAUACAUCGAACAAUUGCAAUGCCGGUUUGAUGACACAUUUCGACAUGGUUCUUGUUGAAGAAGAUGCUUGGAGUAAGGAAACAAGUCUUGCACUUCCUUGUCUGAUUAAUGAACUCAGACAAAAUGGGAGAGACAGGCACCCUGAAGAUUGUCCAAAAAUAUUGCUCCUCGCUUCUUCAAACACCACUGAGCUUGACCAGUUCAAAUCAACUAUUGAUGGUGUAAUUAAGAAACCUCUCUGCUUAAGUUUGAUGACCAAAAGUUUUCAGCAAGCCCUUGGCAUAGGGGACUGGAGGCAACGGGAUAGAAGCCUUCGAAGCUUACUAAAUGGAAAGCAAAUAUUGGUUGUGGAUGACAAUGCUGUUAACCGCAAGGUGGCUGCAGGUACACUAAAGAAGUAUGGAGCAAUUGUCACAUGUGUUGAGAGUGGGAAGGCUGCCCUAGGGAUGCUCCAGCCACCUCACAAGUUUGACGCUUGCUUUAUGGAUCUCCAGAUGCCAGAGAUGGAUGGGUUUGAGGCCACAAGAGAAGUUCGCUCUAUGGAGAACAAGGUCAAUGAACAGAUUAGAUCACAGGUUGAAUCAGUUGGGAUGUUAGAGAAUGUGGUGCACUGGCACACUCCAAUACUUGCUAUGACAGCUGAUGUGAUUCAAGCAACACAGGAAGAGUACAUGAAAUGUGGGAUGGAUGGUUAUGUCUCAAAGCCGUUUGAGGAAGAACAGCUCUACUCUGCAGUGGCACCCUUCUUUGGUUCUGGUUAGAGUGCAUGAAAUGUGGGAUGGAUGGUUGUGUCAAAGCUGUUUGAAGAACAGCUCUACUAUGCAGCAGCAACCUUCUUUGGUAAUGGUUGAUCUAGGGGGAGUAAAGUGGUAGCAGCUGUUCUAUUGGUGGUCAGCCCCGAUAUGUCAGAAGAACGUUGAAAGUGAUCUGGGUAUUGGUGAUAACUCUUCUUGCAACCAGUGGCAUCUGACAUCACCAAUCUUCUGGGCUUCUCUGCUUGGGGAUGCUGGGACAGCAGCUGUUACUGCAAUGUUCAAUGGUUUUGAAGAGGUGCCUGGCUGCUCGGAACAAUGUUCAAUGGGUAGCUGGAAGCCUUUUAUGAUGCCUCCCUAACUUAGUAUAUGAUUACUUCAGAGAAGAAUUAUAUAGAAAAAUUGAGUAUGUCAGGUAUGGCUUGAAAGAUUUCUUGUUGCAAGUUGAUCCUGAUUGUUAUGUGCUCUAAUGUGGCAUUCAGAUAAUAAGGUGGGAGCUCAAAGCUAUGCUGCCGAUCUCUUUGUGACAUAUACAGAAUAAGGUGCGAGUUGUAGUUUUUGUAAAAGGUUUACAGGAACUGUAUUGUACAUAUAAUUCUUUUAGAAUGAAUAAGAAGAGCCCUCCUCUAUUCAAAUA